AGGCACUAAUUAAAAGAGAGACAAGGACAGAGAGAGACUCUGAGAUUGAGAUGGGAAGAGAGAAAGACUGAGUAAAAGACAGACAGGGAUAGACAGACACUGAGUACAAGAUCGAGAGAGGAAGAGAGAUAGACUGAGUACGAAAGAGACAAUGAAAGAGAUUGACUCUGAAGUAGAGAGAAAGAGACAGGAGGAGAGACAGACACCCACAGAGUCUCUGUGUGUGGGUCUGUGUGUGUGAGUACAUGAGAGAGAGAGAGAGAGAGAGAGAGAGAGAGAGAGAGAUGAGGUUUUUGAAUUCCUCUCUCACUUCCACUCGGACUCUGACGCAGGCACAGUCCAGACGUCUCACGCGCGCUGUCUGUAAUUCCUCCGCUCUCUCCGUCACCAUUCCCUCAGCAGACACUGUUUUUCCUUUUUCCGUCCCCUGUACCGCUCCCGGUCUACAAAGAAGCCUUUUGCGCUGUCCGAGGUGCUGAUCCCAACCCCGCGAUCGCGUCUCCAGUUAACGAGAGGGGCUGCUCGCGCCUUUAAUGCGACACGGCACGGAGGCAGACGGACGCAUGAGAACCGGACUGAACCACCCAUUAACCCCCCUACCGUUAUGAGGGGGUAAGAGGAGCCGACCUGCCCCUGCGCGGUGCGAAGGAUGGCGCCGUGUUUAGCGCUCGCGGUGCUGCGCGUGCUGAGCUGCUUCAGCGUCUCGCGGGUUUUGGCCGACAGUUUAGCUCCUCCGGUGAAUGUGUCUAUCCGCGAUCUAAAGGCCAAUUCAGCUACAGUGACAUGGGACAUCCCAGGAGCAGAGCCAGUUAUUGGAUUUGCCAUAACACAGCAGAAAAAGGACGUGCACAUGUUACGCUUCAUACAGGAAGUGAACACGACCACGCGCAGCUGUGCCUUGUGGGAUUUGGAGGCCGAGACGGACUACAUCGUGCAUGUGCAGUCCAUCAGCUCGCAUGGGACGAGUCCACCGAGCGAAACCCUCCACUUCCGGACGCCGAAGGAGGCCGAAAGACAGGCGUCUAAAAACGAAGUCACUAUGGAGGAAGUGGGCCAAGCCAGUCAGCUCCGGGCGGGGGAGCUCAUCAUCAUUGUGGUUGUGCUGGUCAUGUGGGCAGGUGUAAUCGCACUGUUCUGCCGUCAGUACGACAUAAUCAAAGACAACGAGCCGAACAACAACAAAGACAAAGCCAAGAACUCGUCCGAGUGCAGUACCCCUGAGCACCAGACAGGGGGGCUGUUACGAAGCAAAGUGUAACCCCUACUCCCUCCUCCAACUCCACCCAGAACUCAGCAGGUGAGCAGUUCCUCAACAAGAACAAUAACAACCACAACCAUCUGUGACUGUUAUUCAGGUGUGACAGGACACAUUUCUUAAAAAAAAAAAAAAAAGAAGAAGAAGAAGUAUGAGAGAUUGGAGCGUAAUGAAAACGCACGGUGCUCCAGCUGAGGCUUGGAUGAGUCAGGAAUCAGGGCAGCUGGCUCCCGUCUAAAAGGAGCAGCAGAGGAGAUAACGGACAAGCAUUAGGACGUACAGCACGUACGGCCUUGACAGGAUUUAAUGAAGAGACCAGAGCCGAUGCUGGACUGCAGUAAGGCGAUAAAAAAAACAGAGGGAUGGAACGGAAAGCAGUGAUGUUUUUUUCCUCUUCGUCUUAUCAGGAAACAACCAGCUGCUCUGUACAUCAUCGCACCGACACGGACAAGGACACACUGGAGUAAGAUAACCCUCGCAGGACCUUACAGGAUCUUAUAGGACCUCAAAAGGCCUCGCAAGACCGCACAGGUCCUCAUAAUACCUCACAGGACCUUGCAGGACCUCAUAAAACCUUACAAGACCUCGUAGGAGCUCGCUGGACACUUGUAGGACCUCAUAGGAACUCACAGGGCCUUGUCAGACCUCGCUGGACCUUGGAGGAACUUGUAAGACCUUAUAAAACCUCACAGGACCUCGUAGGACCUCAUAGGCCAUCGCAGGACCUCACAAGAUCUCACAGGACCUUUCACAUCUCAGCGUGCUCUGAGAGCCUGAUUGAACUUUUGAUAACCUUACCGUGAUUUACACCAUAACACUGUUCCAGUUCAUUUUCUACAACAGCAGCUGUAACAGCAGGUUUAUAUUAAGCCGUCGUUUCUAUAGCAACCACUGAUUCUUAAAAAAACUAAAAGCUCACAGUACAUUCAUGAUAUAAGGUUUUCUGCAAGGAGACGCCUAUUUAACAUUUACAAAAGGAGUCUCCAGGGUCAUUGUUUCUUUCUGACAUUUUUAAAACACACGUUUUUGCAGGGUUUUUGGUUUUAGUAACAAUGAAUCUGAAACGCUGGCGACUGGGACAUAAGCGACAACGUGAGGUUUGUGACGGAAGUUCCGCAUCAUUAAACGUAACUAUAAAAGCAAAAAGACCCUGUUAUAAGCAUAUACAUCGAAAUGGUAUAAAAGGAAUGAAACACUCCAGGAUGUGCUGUUGUUAAAGAAUAAUGAACUCUGGGGUGGUGUUUCGUUCGUCAGUUAUGUACUCGGAUAUGGAGCGAUGCCUUCAUAUUCAUCUAUUUCCCUGAAGAAUCCGUUGCUUAAAAAAACGCAGAGAGUAAAAUGUAAUGUUUUUUUUCUACGUAUAUAACGUAUAAAGAAUCGUGCAUGUGUACGGGUGAUUAAUAUCAUGGCCGUGUUUCCCGAUUGCAAUGCCUAGGAAAGACUGGUAACCUGGCAGUUGAAGGAUAAAUGCUUUGAGUGUUGCAUGUGAAAAAAAAAAGGAGACGAGGUAAUUACGGAGGCAAGAUACUAAUGAAACACUCUUCAAGGACACGCCUCGCAAGGCUGUCCACAGAAGUAUCUCACGCAUGCCAGAACCAUCAUCAUCAUCACAAUCACCAUCAUCAUUAUCAUCUCUUCCUCGUCUUCCUCCGGGGGGAAACUGACAGACCUCUACUUUUAAUAAGGGCUGAGAACAUUUCACAUGAGCAAUAAUACUCGAUAAUGAGAACAUCAUAAGGAUGUGUGUGUGGGUGUAUUAAUGAGCUGUGACUAUCAGUUCGAUCACUUUUUAUGAUCGAUUAUACAUUUCUUUUGUAAAAAUGAGAGAAUUAAUGAUAAUAGCGUGUAAAAAUCGUGCACUGAUAAUUUUUUUUUGCAUUUUAUAUAUAAUCCUUACACAUUCUUUGUAUUGCUUGUUGAACAAUUUGCAGUGUUUCCUUUUGCUAUCUUCUCAAUAUCUCAAUUUUGUAUCACACUACAUCGACAGUGAAGCUGAUUUACUUUCUGAGACGUGAAGGAUGCUGGAGGCCAGGUGCAUCUCAAAGGCCGAAGAACAAUGACAUAAAUCUCAAAUGAAACUGUAAUGUUUUCAAUAAAGAUUUUUAAGGUGCAUCUAAAUAAUGAAAAAGUUGAUUUAUUUUAGUAAUUCAAUACAAAAAGUGAAACUCAUAUUAUAUAAAUUCAUCACACACAGACUGAUCAAGUGUUUAUUUAUUUUAAUGUUUUUGGCUCACAAUUAACAAAAACCCACCAAUUUAAAAAAAAUCUAAAAAAAAUGUGAAUACUUAAUUAAACCAAUCAAAA